GUAUAACCCCUUUUCCCACAACGGUCCCUCCAUCAAACGAUCAUGCACUUGUGAAUUCGUUACCAAUCACACGGCAAAACCCUAGUAUAAUUCUCACUGCCAGAACCAUUCUCCCCAACCCAGACAGCCACCUCGCCAGAAACCACCACAGAAGGCGCCGCCGCCCACCGUCAACCACCGCGGGGAACGUCGCAACACCUCUCGGCAGCCAUAGAACUCGCCGACCAGGCACCCUCAGCACCUCGCGCUAUUUCCGGUGAGCCCCCCGUCGGAAUCCCCUCCUAUUCUCGUUGAUUUCUCGGUUUGACAGUUCUCUCUCUCUCUCUCUCUCAACACCACGUUCAGAGGGAGCCUCCAGUUGCGCCACCUUGACUCUCGGCCAGCCACCCAGACCCACCGUCGCAGUUGGUUCUCCUUUUCUCUCUGUGAGUAUCGCACGGCUUUUCCCUCUGUCACGAGCUCUCUGUUCUCGGCCCUUGUGAGUAUCGCACGAUUGCUAUGUGUUUGCAGGAGAUGUCUGAGGAGUUAGAUUUGAAAAUGGAGAAGUACCUAAGAGGCGGUGCUGCUAACUUGGAGGUUCUACAAGAUAAAAAACUCAAAGGUCAACUUGCUCAUAGAGAAAACUUGUAUGGAAAAUCUGCUAAGGCUGCUGCUAAGUUUGAGAAGUGGCUUAUGCCAAGCGAGGGGGGUUAUCUGGAGGCUGAAGGUCCAGUAGAGAAGACAUGGAGGUUCAAACAAGAAGACAUUGGGCAAGCAGUAGAUAUCUCGAGCGCAAGGAAUCAAUAUGAUGUUGUUUUACCAGAACUGGGUCCGUACACAAUGGAUUUUUCCUCAAGUGGUCAAUAUAUGGCUGUUGCUGGACGAAAGGGCCACCUGGCAAUUGUUGACAUGAAGAAUUUUGAAGUACGCAGAGAGUUUCAGGUUAGGGAGACAGUGCGAGAUGUGGUAUUCUUGGACCAUCAGCUGCUCUUUGCUGCUGCUCAGAAAAAGUACACAUAUAUUUAUAGUCCAGAGGGCAUAGAAAUUCACUGCCUAAAGGAUCAUGGUACGGUGUUGAGGCUUCAGUAUUUGAAAAACCACUUCAUCCUGGCAUCCAUAAAUAAAUUCGGGCAUCUCCAUUAUCAAGAUGUAUCAACGGGUGCUUCCAAAAGUUAUCGGACUGGUUUAGGCCGCACUGAUGUAAUGCGGGUGAAUACUGUCAACGGGGUUGUUGCUUUGGGUCACUCAGGUGGAACUGUUACCAUGUGGAACCCUAACAGCUCUGCUCCCCUUGUCAAGAUGCUGUGUCAUCAUGGUCCUGUUUCGGCCCUGGCAUUCCACCCUAAUGGCCAUCUCAUGGCCACGGCCGGGAAGGAAAGGAGAAUUAAGCUUUGGGACUUGAGGAAAUAUGAAGUUCUCCAGACUUUACCAGGCCAUGCAAAUACCUUAGAUUUCAGCCAGAAAGGUUUGCUUGCUCGUGGAACUUGUUCCUUUGCAGAGAUUCUCUCUGGAACUGAGCAUUACAGUAGAUAUAUGAAUCAUUCAAUGGUGAAAGGAUACCAGAUAAAAAACUUGUUGUUUCGGCCAUACGAAGAUGUUCUAGGCAUUGGGCACUCUAUGGGUUGGUCCAGUAUUCUGGUUCCAGGAUCUGGGGAACCCAACUUUGAUUCUUGGGUGGCAAACCCGUUUGAAACACGCAAACAGCGGAGAGAGAAGGAAGUGCAUCUCCUUCUCGACAAGCUUCCACCUGAGACAAUUAUGCUGGACCCUUCAAAGAUCGGUACAGUGAAGCCAGUGAGGAAUAAAGAGAAGCCAACAAAGGAGGAAAGAGAAGCCGAGAUGGAAGCUGCCAUAGAAGAUGUUAAGGGCAACAUUACUUUGAAGAAUAAAACGAAGGGGAGGAAUAAGCCGAGCAAGAGGGCGAAAAAGAAACAGGAGAUUAUUACUAAAGUUAAAAGGCCUUUCUUGGAGCAACAGAUGCGGGAACCCCAACUGUCUAGAAAGAAGCAAAAAGUAAGUGAGGAAGAUGAGCUUCCCAAAUCUCUGCAGCGGUUUACCCGUAAGAAAGCAGCAACUUGAUUUUUCUAGACUAGCGACACUUACAUGUGUUUUACCGUAUUGCUAAAAUUUUUGUUUGUGUAUGAUCAUUAUUUAGUCAAGUGAAUUUAGGCCACUUCUGGUUAAAUAUUUUGAGAAUCUUUGAGAAUUUUGAUAACCUUUCUUGAGAUUGAGAUUUGGAAAAGGAAAGUUUUUUUUUUUUUUUUUUUAAAUUAAAUAGAAGGCUGCUAUACUAU